AUGACGGAAGCGGCUUCGUCUUAUGAAAUGCAAUCUCGGAAUGAAGAACAAAAAGAUGGAAAGACAAAGCCAGGGCUGUCAGCCGGCAAAAUAUUCUACAAACCAGGAGUUAUUGAGGAGGAGACGGAUGAAACGAGUGCUUUCGAGAGUUCGGUGGUUGACACCCCUAUGCUCGGUGUGGCACUGAGUGGUAGCGGGUUCCUAAGGCCACCUCAAAUAUACCCUUCGAGCAGUCUCCACAGGAUACCUACGUACAGCAGUUCCAUUGGUCAGAGCACUAUUUAUAGACAGGAUACUUGCAGGAGUCGAUCUCAUAGACAUGGUGCAACAAGACGAGCGAGGCGACGAGCCAUUCUCAAAAAUGGAGAGUGUAAUAUACUCAAGUCUAAGAUCUCGCAGCGGCGGCUGAGGUUCCUUCAGGAUAUGUUCACGACCCUCGUGGACGCACAAUGGCGAUGGACACUGCUAGUAUUCACACUCUCCUUCAUCUUAUCCUGGUUGGGAUUCGCAUUGAUCUGGUGGCUGAUAUCAUUCACACAUGGAGACUUAGAGCCGGACCACCUGCCACCCAUGCAGGAAACGUCUAACUGGAAGCCAUGUGUGUUCAAUAUUUACGACUUCACCUCCUGCUUCCUGUUCAGUAUUGAGACGCAGCACACUAUCGGUUACGGUUCGCGUACUACAACUGAAGAGUGUCCAGAAGCAAUAUUCAUAAUGUGUUUACAAAGUAUUGUUGGUGUGAUGAUCCAAGCCUUUAUGGUUGGUAUAGUGUUUGCUAAGAUGACGAGACCGAAGCACAGAACGCAGACGCUGCUAUUCUCAAAGUAUGCGGUAGUGUGCCAGCGAGACGGUGAGCUGUGCUUGAUGUUCAGAGUGGGCGACUUGAGGAAGUCGCAUAUUAUUGGAGCCAGUGUAAGGGCUCAGCUGAUACGAUCUCGAACAACCAAGGAAGGUGAAGUCCUGUCUCAUUAUCAGACGGAACUGGAGCUCAAUGCAGAUGGUUGCGACAGUAACUUAUUCUUCAUUUGGCCCAUUACGAUGGUGCAUAAGAUAAACGCUGACAGUCCGUUCUAUGGUGUAUCUGCGGCAGAUGUGUUGCAAGAGCGAUUUGAGAUUGUAGUUAUUUUGGAGGGAACGAUUGAAUCUACGGGUCAGACGACUCAGGCUCGCUCCAGUUAUACGACUAGUGAAAUAAUGUGGGGACACAGGUUUGUCCCGUUGGUGACGUACAAUCGUGAGCGUCAAGGGUACGAGGUGGACUAUUCCAAGUUCGAGGAGACAAUGCAAGUGGACACGCCGCUGUGCUCGGCCAAGGAGUUGGACGAGUUCUACGGCAGUCAGGGUGAUCGUAGAUCGAUCGAAAGCGGGGACCACCACCUCAUGCUGAAGAUGCCAGAUCGCGAGCCACACGAGCCUAAAGCCGAGCACAACGACGGAGACUUUACCGUCACCCUUUAA